CUAUUGUCUGAGCUUUUCAUUUCCAGCACCCUUACCCAGACAAUCUUCAGAUCUCCAAGACACAGGCUACCCACAGGCUGCCCAAAUCGGAUCCCUACCAUUAAUCUCAUUCCAACAUCUGUUCCCGCUCAACUUCGGACAUAUCCAACCUAGUCAACUCCAUUGCAUUACCACUUGACUAUGUCACUACCUGUUACUCCGCGCCCCAAACUGUUCCGCCAGCCGCGACCUCGCUCGCUCUACAUGCCGAGCUCGCUCCCACAGGCUAUGUCACCAAUAUCAUCGAUCCCGCGGGCUACAACUCCACUGUCGCCGGCUCAUACCCGCUUUGCCUCCCCGAGCAAGCUCCCGGCUACCCCUCCGCCCCCGGUUCGGAACCGCCCGCAGUCGAUGAUUGUGCACCAUACUCACAGUCCGGGGAACUAUGCGGCGUCUUUCGAGCCCAAAUCGGCUCCUAACCCCAACAAUAUUAAGGUUAUUGCCCGUUUCCGCCCGGAGAGAUAUCUGGCUGGAACCUAUCCCAUCGUGACGUUCCCGGAUGCCACAACCGUGUGCUACGACACGCCUUCCCACCGUGACAUGUUCACCUUUGACGCAGCCUUCGAUGCAACCACCAGCCAGAGCGACGUCUACCAAUAUUCCGCGAAAAUGACGGUCCAGGAUGUUUUCCAAGGGUACAACGGGACGAUUCUAGCCUACGGCCAGACGGGCACCGGGAAGUCUUACACCAUGAUGGGAGACCUAGACGAUCCCGAGCACCUGGGAAUCAUUCCCCGCAUAGCCACUGAGAUCUUUGACCAGAUCGCACGUGGCGACGCCGAGGUGGAGUACACGGUGCUGGUGUCGUACAUGGAAAUCUACAUGGAGAAUCUCCGGGACCUUCUUGUGGAGGGUGAUUCUGCGAAAUUGGCUAUUCACGAGAAUAAAGUCGACGGGGUCUACGUCAAGGGGCUACAACAGGUCUAUGUGGCGUCCACCAAAGACUUGUACGAAGUCAUGAGGCUCGGCUCGAAGGCCCGUGUGGUGGCCAGCACCGGGAUGAAUCUAGAAUCCUCGCGAUCGCACGCUAUUUUCCAAGUGAAACUCACCCAGAGAUACACUAGUGACAACCGCACCGUCUCGGGGAACUUGUUUCUUGUGGAUUUGGCGGGGUCUGAGAAGGUUGGAAAGACGCGCGCCACCGGGAUGGUGCUUGAGGAGGCGAAGAAAAUCAACAGUUCGCUCAGCGCAUUGGGCAACGUCAUUAACGCCUUAACAGACCCCAAGGUGAAGCACGUGCCGUACCGCGACCUGAAGCUCACGCGGAUCUUGCAGGAGUCGCUAGGGGGGAACUCGCGCACGUCACUCAUUAUCAACUGUUCGCCGUCGUCCUGGAACGACAUAGAGACUCUUUCCACGUUGCGGUUUGGGGCUAGGGCCAAACGCAUCAAGAACCACGCCCAUAUCAAUGCGGAGGUUAGCCCGGCAGAGUUGAAGAAGAAAGUUUUGGCGUUGGAGGAGCAGAACGGCCGGCAUUUGGCGUAUAUUGCAGACUUGGAACGGCAGUUAGAGAGAGGGGUGGGAGGGGAAGUCCCGUAUAUGGAGGUGCAUGCCCAGGUUGACGACUUGCAAACGACCAAUUCGAUCCAGGCGAUGCAGGUGGGAGAGUUGAAGGAGGAACUAGCGGAGAAGGUGGAACGUGUGCGAUAUUUGGAGCAGCGGAACGACGCUUUGAUCGAUGAGAACUUGCAGUUGAAACAGGAUUUGGUGCAGUUCAUUGUGGGCCAAAAUGCUUCCCCGAGAUCGGAGUUAGAAGUUCAAUCCCAGGUUUGUGGGCUGCCAGCGCAGACUGGUUUGUGUGCGAACAAAGUGCAACACAGCACAGAGAUUCGGGAAAUGACAAAACAGGCGGGCGAUUUAAAAAGCGGACUGGAAAACAACAGGGGCGAUCCAAAGUUGGGCAGUGAAAAUUUGAAGACUGUGGGUAAUUUGCGUGCGAGGGAAGCCCAGUUCAAGGCGGACUUGCAGGCCAAAUCGCCCAAAAAUGAUAAAAAGGGAACGCUAAACGGCUCUAAGGGGGGUGGACUCAUUGUGCAUUCUGAAGCGGUUGGGCUGGAAAUAUUCUUGAACACACCCAUUGUUGAGGUUCCCUCCCCGUCAAAAUCAAAUUCCAUACCCAAUCCCCCCUCCAACUCUACAAUCCUUUCGCCGGCCGAUACCCGUAAAGUGCAACACUUGGAACAGGCGCUCGACAAGUUCUGUCUCAAACUCGAGGAGAUGGAAGCCCAAAACCAGCGCUUGCGCAACGACAUUCUCGUGUCGCAAAAGAUCAGCGAAAUCCGCAACGAGCGUAUCCGCACCUUGGAACGUGUGUUGAAGGAGCAGCAGUUCCAUGUUUCCCGUGAAAGCGAGACGUUUGAACAGAAGUUGGGCAUGUUGCGCGACCGCUUGGAUGCCGUGAAGCAGUUUAGCAGGCCUGCAGUGAGUGCCAGCCGUCCCUCGAGCGAGCUAUUCACUGCUUUGAGUUUGCACGACGUGCCAAUUGGGGUUGAAAUGAAUGUCGCAGAGUCUCCGAGCGCCCAGCAGUAUGGCCUCUCGCGCAGCUCUAGCGCGAAGAAUAGCACCAAGGUAGGGCUAAACUUGCGGAUUGUAAAGCCGUUGAGAGGUGGAGGUGCCAAGGAGUAAUUUAUUUAUUCAUUAUUUUGUGCAGCGAUUCCUGUGAUGUUGUCAAGGUGUUGUAAUUAAAGUCUAGUAAAUUUAUAACCCGUCAAUGAAACGUGGUCGUGAACGUAGAUAUUUCAAUUUGCAUCAAGUUUUUAGUCCGGUC